UUGCGUACUGGUUAGCACACAAACUCCUCACUAGAACAAAAGCUGUGUUCAUUCCGCUCCCGGGCACGAUCGCUAUUCAAUCCCACCACCACUCAACUUCUACUCUGUCUCUACAACAGGCCGACAGGCGUCGAUACCAAUGGGGUCUUGACUGACAGGAAACGUCGAUACCAAGGGGGUCUUGGGUGAGGAAAAACGGACGAUUUUUUCUUGUCUUCCCGGUAAGGUAAUUAUGAAUUCGUGGAUCACUAAGGACAUGUAGUACCGUGUGGUUACACAGACUGUGUCUACAGUCGACUAUUUGCUGUGCAUGCAGAUACAGGUCUUUUUUCACUGAGAUAUACAGACAACGAUAGGGUCCAUCGUUGCCGUAUAUUUUUACCAAAGUUUCUUCGUUGAGGUGAGUUAGGACAGGAAAUUCGUUAUAUCAACUGGAAGACAAGAUGUCGUUUUGAGGCUGACCAAAAAUAUCCAAAAAGGAAGAAUCAACGACGGCAAGGUUGCUUUGAAAGACCUUGUCAUUCUGGAAGUCGGGUUAGUUUCACCGGUGCGAAGCAAGCUCUUAACGAAAAUCCUCGCUAAAGGUCGUGACCUCAUUUGUCACAAGCCGGACAAGGUGAAAAAUAGUUCCGUGAAGAGGGACCGGUCUUGGAAACUUCGCUAUUUGGCGCUAAACAAACGAAGGAACUAAACACCGGUCUCGACCAGAGGUGGACUGCGUGCGACCAAAACAGACUUCUACUAGAGGAGAACUCUGGACACACAAUGCCGGGUGAUAUAUUGCUGUAAGUAAUCAAGCACUCCCGGGUGUUGCGCUGAGAACGUCGUCUGUGUAUCUAGAACUCGUACAUCAUGGGGGAGAGAAGCCACCACAUGAUAAAGCGGUCAGGAAGCGGAGCUAAGGACGUCCGGAAACUCAACAGGGCCAGGGUCGUGGUGCUGGGGCAUCCGGGCUGCGGGAAAACAGCCCUGUGUGUGAGAUUCCUGACCAGACGGUACAUAGGAGAGUAUGAGCCCAACAAAGAGUCGACCUACACAACAGACACGGUGGUUGACGGGGAGACCAUCCAUCUAGAGAUUCUAGACACGGCAAGAAAGCACCAGAAUGAGAAAGUAAGUCUGGACGCCUCCAUCAAGUGGGGAGACGGUUUCAUCAUCAUGUACUCCGUCACAGACCGGGAGAGUUUCUCCGCAGUCAAGCGGAUCAAACGACUCAUAGACGCCGCUAAGGAGACGCUGGGCAUCCCUGUGAUUAUCGUGGCGAACAAGCGGGACCUGGACCGGAGCAGGACCGUGCGGUGUGCCGAGGGACAGGAGCUGGCGGGGGAACUGUCGUGUCCGUUCUUUGAGAUCUCCGUGGCGGACGGCUAUGACAGCGUGGCGAGCGUGUUCCACAGACUGAUCAGGGAGGUGAAGUGCGAGUUCCUCAAGCACCUGGAGGCGAUGGAGAAACGCUCCAAGAUCCUCAACAUGAGGAACGUGCUCUUCAGGCGCAGGCGCAGUAAGACGCAGUGAUGACGUCACUCGUUGUCGUGACGUCAGUGCUGACGUCAUUGGUCAUUGUGACGCCAUAAGAUACCACCUCAGAACUUAACAUCACAUUAUAACGUCUAGGCGUAUGGAAAUGUUCGAGAGAAACGUUUCAUGCGUUAUAGUUUGUACCUACGGAGGCCCGUAAGUACAGACCUG